GAUAAAGACCAGGAGAUGGCCAUGUGAUUGUCACAUGAUAUGUUUAAGAUGUAUCACUUGACCUAAAGCAGACAGCAGAAGGAAGGCUUGAAGGGUCCACCGUCAACAAUCAGUCGAGCGUCCGGACAUGAGCAUGGCAACCUGGCUACUGGUCCUCGCUGUCCUCGCCGUGGGUGCACGUGCAGCUGUACCAGAGGACGAGAUCACAGAGUUGCCCGGAUUGAGUCAACCUCCCAGCUGGAAGCAGUACUCUGGAUAUCUGAAGGCCUCGGGAACCAGGAAGCUGCAUUACUGGUUUGUUGAGUCCCAGAGUUCCACACCGAAGACGGACCCAGUGGUUCUGUGGCUGAAUGGAGGCCCCGGAUGUAGCUCCCUGCUAGGGCUCCUCACAGAGAACGGGCCGUUCAGGAUAGCCACAGAUGGGGAGACAGUGCAGUAUAAUCCGCACAGCUGGAACGCGAUCGCCAACAUGCUGUUUCUCGAGGCUCCCGCCGGUGUUGGGUUCUCCUACAGUGACGACAGAAACUACACCACAGAUGACAAUGAGGUAGCCUACAACAACUAUCUUGCCUUAAAAGAUUUCUUCACGAAGUACCCCGAGUACAAGACCAACGACUUCUACAUCACUGGGGAGAGUUAUGGGGGCAUCUACGUGCCGACACUCAGCGCAAUCGUCGUCGACGACCAAGACAUCAACUUUAAGGGUUUUGCAGUUGGCAAUGGUGUCACUGAUGCCAUCAUGCUCGACAACUCUAUCAUCUACUUCGCCUACUACCACGGCCUCACCGGGGACAACACGUGGAACAACCUGAUGACCUACUGCUGUAAGGGCCAGGAGGGCCGGUGCAACUUCUACAGCAAAAGCUCCAACGACACCAACUGCAAGAAAGCGCUGUUCGAGACAUUCACAGCACUGUACAGCAGCGGCCUCAACGUCUACAACCUGUACGGAGAGUGCGUGAACACGGCGACCGGACUGACAUACGACGUCAACACAGGCACCUACACCUCCUCCAACUUCGGCUGGUUCCUGCCACACUCACCACAAGUGCAGGAAGAAAUCAGAGUGAUGAAGAGUCUCCCACCUGAGAAGCUUCGGAUGACACCACCCUGUCUUAAUGAAACAAACGUCCUUGUAUACCUGAAUCAGCCGGAAGUGCGCCGUGCUCUCCAUAUACCGGACUCUGUUCAACGUUGGGACUCUUGCAGCGGACCGGUGUCUCAGGGCUACAAGACCACGUACAGGACAGUGAAGGAGCAGUACCUUAAGGUCCUCGACGCAAAGAAGCGGGUGUUGGUGUACAACGGUGAUGUGGACAUGGCCUGUAACUUCCUGGGAGACGAAUGGUUUGUCGACUCCCUCGAACUGAAGAGCGUCCAGUUCCGCAAGCCUUGGUACUACACCGCCGCCGACAAGACAAAACAAGUGGGGGGAUUCGCCAGAGGGUUCGAGAAUCUCGUGUACGUCACAGUCAGGGGAUCCGGUCACAUGGUUCCCUCAGAUAAACCUGAGCCAGCACUUGUGAUGUUCACCAACUUCAUCAAAAAUAACCCUUUCUAGAUCAAUACACCUUCAGGACUGAAUGAUGAUCUAGAAACGUAUUACCAAGUGACUGUCUGUACUAUGGGUUUUUUGCGUUCUCUGGUGUCCUCGGUGUAUAGCUUCUAGGGAAAAGGCACAGUCUAAAUAAGUCUUAUUGUUUCUCAAAGAAUCUUUGAAAUCUUCAAAGAAAGUACAGAAAGGUCAUGUUCCCCAUGACCAUGUACGGUAACGUCAAACGGAGCCAUUGUUUCUCAAGUGACAGAGUAGUGAUGUUUGGCAAGCCUUUUUAGUAUUAAAUAGCGAUUUGUAGAUUUCAUAACUGUAUGUUUUAUUUUGUAUUUCAUGUUUACACAGUUUUUAAGUAAAGAUUAUUUUAAGAAUAAACGAUAUACUUCAUAUU